AUGUAUAACACUCAUCGCGGGAUGGUUCCCGCUCCCAACUCCCGCCUGACGGAGCUAUUGGAUCAGCUGCGCCAGGAGUUUGAAAACCAAUCCCGAAGCACUGGCGAGUUCGAACACCAAUUGACCGGCCAGCUCCAGGAAAUGGAAAUGAUCCGACAGAAGGUCUACCAGUUAGAACAAGCCCAGAUUAAAAUGAAACAAGACUACGAGGCGGAGAUCCGAGUGUUGCGACAUGAGCUUGAAUCGCGCGGGGUUCAGACCGUGUCUUCUCAUAUUGCCGGUCCGGCCCAGCACACUGGACCUACCCAAGCUCCGCCACCCGCCCUGGGCCACGGCCCUAGCAAUUUGUUUGGUGGCAUCAUGACCAACCAAGGAGGUAGUGGCCCCGGUCUUGCCCCUCCCCCUCCCCAGGAUCAGCAGCCUCCCCAGCACACCCUUCAACAGCCUGCUGCCGCGGCCCAGCCAGGAGCACCGCAACCACCGCAGAGCUCUUUUGGAGGAUACCAGCCUGAUCUCCUGACUUCUGACUCCGAUCGAUGUGAUCUUUCAACAGGUUACGGACCCCCUCCCCCCCCAGCCGCCUCUCCCGGUCCUGGAAAGCGGCCUCGUGCUCCUCCCGGCCCCGCCACUCCUCAACAGACUCACCAGCUGGCCUAUCCGGAUCCUCGCGUCUCGCCGCAACUGGCUCGGCCCACUCCCCCUAGCCAGACCAUCGUUCGUGAUCGCCCGGGAAAUAUGCUUGCCAACUGGAAUCCCGAUGACUUGCCUGCCUCACAAAAGCGAGAGGGGGCUGAUUGGUACGCCGUGUUCAACCCUGAAGUGCAGCGCGUGCUGGACGUGGAGCUUGUCCACCAUCUCGUUCAUGAUAGCGUCGUCUGCUGUGUCCGAUUCAGCCGCGAUGGCAAGUAUCUUGCGACCGGUUGCAACCGCUCUGCGCAGAUUUUUGAUGUUACCACUGGUCAGAAUGUCGCCACCCUGCAGGACGAAAAUGUGGACAAAAACGGCGAUCUUUACAUCCGCAGUGUUUGCUUCAGUCCCGAUGGCAAGUACCUUGCGACUGGCGCGGAAGACAAGCAGAUUAGAGUGUGGGAUAUCAAUGCCCGGACGAUCAAGCAUAUCUUCACUGGACACGAGCAGGAUAUCUACUCGCUUGACUUUGCUGGAAAUGGUCGGUACAUCGCAUCCGGUAGCGGGGACAAGACCGUGCGCCUCUGGGACAUCCUGGAUGGCAAGCUGGUCUAUACCCUGAGCAUCGAGGACGGAGUGACCACUGUGGCCAUGUCCCCAGAUGGUCACUACGUCGCUGCGGGCUCCCUGGAUAAGAGUGUCCGUGUCUGGGAUACCACUACCGGCUACCUCGUGGAGCGAUUGGAAAGCCCCGAUGGCCACAAGGAUAGUGUUUACUCGGUCGCGUUUGCACCUAACGGCCGCGAUCUGGUCAGUGGCAGUCUUGAUAAGACCAUCAAGCUUUGGGAACUUAACGUGCCCCGGGGCGCCUAUCCUGGAACCGGGGUCAAGGGCGGUAAAUGCGUCCGCACUUUCGAGGGCCACAAAGAUUUCGUGCUCAGUGUCUGCCUUACGCCCGAUGGACACUGGGUCAUGAGUGGCUCCAAGGAUCGGGGCGUUCAAUUCUGGGACCCGAUUACCGGAAACGCUCAGAUGAUGCUCCAGGGCCACAAGAACUCUGUCAUCUCGGUCGCGCCUAGUCCAACCAACAAUUUGUUUGCCACUGGCAGUGGUGACAUGAGGGCGAGGAUCUGGAGAUAUUCUACCUAUACUGGACGGUGA